AUGCAGCCAGGAGCAGGCUUCGGCCCCGUCAUCAGCUUUGGGCCGUCAGACCUGGAAGGUCUGGAGCUGCCUCACGACGACACUCUUAUCAUCAAGGCCAUUAUUGCCAACAGCCGAGUGGCCCGGAUUUUCGUUGACACCGGAAGCUCAGUCAAUAUUUUGUUCAGAACUGCAUUCGAGGAGAUGCAGAUCGAUGCCACUGAAUCCAGCCCGUGGCCACCUCUCUAUACGGCUUUACAGGUCGGGGAAGUUAAGGGAGAACAGAAGGUCUCCCGGAGAUGCUACAUUGAUAUGGUCCAGGUAGAAGCUCGGAAAAAUCAAAAGAUGCAAGACGGGGGAGUUUAUGUCAUCCAAGAAGAACCUCUGCCCAUGGCUGAAGAACUCAUCCCCUGGGAGGAGAUUGAUCAGAUGAUAUACUCCACUGCCAGUUGUGAGAGGAUCUGCAUGCUGGAUGCUUAUCAGGGGUAUCAUCAGAUCCCCUUAGCGGUGGAGGACCAAGAAAAGUCGGUCGUUGGAGAACCACUGUGGGUUUACUUGUCUGCUACACCUGAGGUCGUGGGGGUUGUGCUUGUUAAAGAACAGGAUAAUAUACGACGGCCAGUGCAUUUCUUCAGCUAUCUAUUGAAAGGGGUCGAGUCUCGAUAUACGACCCUGGAAAAGUUGGUUUAUGGAUUGGUUCUUAUGGCUCAACGGUUAAGACCAUACUUCCUGGCGCACCUUAUCAUAGUCCUGACUAAUAGCACCAUGAGAAGAGCUCUGACUAAUGUAAAAGUAGCGGGUCGGCUUAUCAAGUGGGCAACUGAGCUAGGAGAAUACGACAUACAAUACCAGCCACGCACAGCCAUCAAAGCACAGACCUUGGCAGAUUUUUUAACAGAGAUUCAUCAGAUUAACUCUGAGGAAACUUGGAAAAUCUACGUGGAUGGGGCCACUAACAACGAGGCAGAGUAUGAGGCUUUGCUGGCAGGGUUGCAGGCAGCUCGUCAUGUAGGGGUUGCCCGGGUCAUCAUUUACUUAUAUUCUCAGUUAGUAACCCAGCAAGUGGUUGACAACUUUGAGGUAAAUUGUGAUAAGUUACAAGUAUAUCGAGAAGCAUAUGAGAAGAUGAAGGAAGAAUUUACGGAAAUUACAGUGACUAAGAUCCCCAGGGCAGAGAACGAGAAAGCGGAUGAGCUGGCAAAGAUGAUCAGUUCCCUAACUACCUGGGUGUUGGACAGAUCAAUAGCGCAAACCUUUCUUAUAGCUCAGAUAUAUUUGCAAAAUAAUAGGGAAGCACCCAUUGAUUGGCGGGCACCCCUGAUCAGUUAUCUUCUGCAAGGUACCUUACCGGUUGAUCCAGAGGAAUCACGGCUGGUCAGGAAACAAGCUCAUGCCUAUGCCAUGAUAGGGGACCAACUAUACAAGAGGUCCUUUUCUAGACCAUUACUUAAAUAUCUGGGUAUGGAGGAGGCAGAUCAGGCCUUGCAAGAAAUACAGCUGGGAUGCUGUGGCAGUCAUGUGGGAGGUCAGACAUUAUCUCGCAGGGUACUCCUGGUCGGAUAUUUUUGGCCUACUUUACAGAGGGAUGCUCAAAAGUUGGUGAACACCUGCCUAUCCUGCCAAAACUAUCAGAAUCUGACGCACCAACCAACUGCGCUGCUAAAAACAUCUAUAGUCUCGUGUCCCUUUGAUCAGUGGAGCAUGGAUAUUGUAGGACCAUUUUCAAUGGCUCCAGGCCAGAAGCGUUUCUUAUUGGUAGCGGUGGAUUAUUUCUCCAAGUGGGUGGAAGUAGAGGCCCUGGCCAGGAUCACAGAAGGUGUGGUCAUCCAGUUUCUGUGGAAGAAUAUUCUUUGCAAGUUCGACAUACCGCACAAAUUGGUAUCAGAUAAUGGGAGGCAAUUUCAAGGGCAAAAAAUCCAGGCCUGGUUGCGAGGGUUGAAGGUUAAGCUGGAUCAUGUGGGAGGCAACUGGGUGGAAGAGCCACCGAGCAUUCUAUGGCCUUACCGCACAAUGCCCCGAGAAAGCACAGGCCUGACACCAUUCCAUCUAGUUUAUGGCAACGAAGUGGUGGUACCUAUAGAGAUUGGAGUGUCGUCAGUUAGGAAGAUGCUAUACGAUGAAGGAAAUGCCGAGCGGCGACUGGCUGAGCUGGAUCUCAUUAGUGAAAUCCGCGAGAGGACAGCAGUCAAACUGGAGGCCUACAGACAAAGAAUGAGGCAGAAUUAUAACAGAAGAGUAAUCCCUCGGUUCUUCGGGGAAGGAGACCUGGUCUGGAAGCAAGUGAAACCCGUGGGAGACGUGGCCAAGAUAGCACCACAGUGGGAUGGGCCUUACAAAGUCAUCAAGAAAUUGUCGUCCGGGGCUUACUAUUUACAGGAUAACCAGGGCAGGAAGUUAGACCGGCCUUGGAGUGCUAACUACCUGCGACCUUACCGAGUUUAG